AAGGCGGGGAAGUCGUGGUACUCAUUUCAUUGUCGCGUUUCUAUGCAGUAUAUUCAACAUGGUGUUUUCUCUUCAAGAACAACGAAAAGGAAUGACGGAACAUCAUCAAUCGUCACAGGCCCUCGCGGUGGUACUCGGUGUGUGCACCAUUCUCGCUUCUGUUGUAGCGAGUUCGAGAGGCGGCGAGCUACCUUGCCCAGACGGACGGGAAUGCCCGCAAGAGUUGCUACCGCUGCCUCACUGCAACGCGUCUCUACAGGAGGACGGCCGAGUGAGGGCCUUGUGCAAGAUUCUCAUCAAAGCGGCGCCACAGCUGUUUUUUAUACCUUCGGACCCCGAGGUCAUGACGAUGGACGAACAUCUCGUCUCGGAUGCCCUGUCGGAUGACGAGGAGCUCGCUGUGCUGUCGCUCACGCGGGUGGUUAUAAAGAAGUGGGACGAUUUCCCGCUUAGCUUGGAAAGCAACUAUGACGUCUUCGUAGUCAAUGCGAGCAGCUUGCUGGAACAGCUCGCCUUGUAUUCCUUUAUGUUCUUCGUCAGGCAGCUCGAGCUCAGCAUGACGUUUCAAAAGCCGCUAAAACUCGCAGUCGCGAACUGCUCGAAAGCUCGGGAACACGAUGAAACCCGCUGCGAUGUCUAUGGUUUCAAGGGGCGCUUCGUAAGCAACGACAGCUUACCCGCCAUGUUCGAUAAGAUUCCCGAUAUCGUCCUGACUCUAGUGCUAAUUUUUCGGUGGAACGUGGAAGAUGCCGUCACCUCGGAAAUAAAUAUCACAUUGUCUGAACGCGUCAAGAGCAUUCCGUCUGCCGUAGAGAUUAUUGCCCCCUUUCGGGUAGCGCGCCUUGUUCUCUACAGGUGCAACUUCAAACACAUCAGGAACAAGGAGGACAUACCGCAGAUGCGCUAUCUUAAGCAACUAGAUUUUGUCCAUGUUCCCAUCGCUGGUGUGCAUGUCGACGCAUUCGACCUGAUACCGGACAUUGAGAGCAUAUCUCUCGUCGGAACGAACCUAGCUUUUAUCCCCGAAGGUGUGUACAAAUUGAAGAAACUUCGUCGGUUAAAUAUGGCGGCGACAGUGACGUCACCGAACGGGACGUUUCGAUUUUGCCCGGGUAUAUGCAUGCAAGCGAGCUCUCUCAAGGAGCUGAUCUUUGCGGGGACUGCUGUAGAGGAUCUACGCGACGGUAUUUUCUGCGCGUUUCCUAACUUGCAGUUUCUCGAUUUGAGUGGUUGUUCGAUCAAACAGUUGUACGGUUCCCCCUUUCAAUGCUUGCAGAAUCUUCGUGAACUGGACAUGCAGUCAAACCAGAUCGCGACGAUCAGUGAAGAGGCUUACUCAGGCUUAAAUCGGUUGGAAAUCCUUAACUUGAGGCACAAUUGCAUCAGCACCGUUUCCGGCGCUGCGAUAUUCAGAGACCUCAGCUCACUCGAAUCAUUAGACCUAUCCUUCAACAAGAUUAAGUACAUCGAACACUUCUCCGCCGACGCAGCGUCAGUAAGGUUCCUAGACUUGUCGCACAACAGCAUUUCCAAAUGGUCGCCGCCAUUUUUUUCCGCGAUGCGUGGCUUACGUACGCUCCUGCUGUCGUCGAACUUAAUUUACACGAUCGACAGCGAUGCGGUUCGGGAUAUUCGGCACGUAAAAACGAUUAAUAUUUCAGCUAAUCCAUGGGACUGUGGUAGCUGCUUGUUAAAUAACCUGCACAAUCUCUUAAACAGCAGUGCGAGACUUAGCGCCAACUACGUGGUUUGCAAAGAACCGGAGAGAUACGUUGGUUUGCGCGCAAUCGAUGUAGAAUGGAACGUGGGUGUCUGUGGCCCUAUAGAUUUUUACACGGUAGUGUGGGUGCCGUUACUUUUCACCACCCUCGCGACUACUGUCAUUAGCUACGGACUGUACACGAAGCGGUGGUACAUGAUGUACGCGCUUUUGUAUUUACGGGCAAAGAUAAAGAACUACAAACGCCAGUCACACUGCGGCCGUUUCAUGUGGGACGCCUUCUUGUGUUACCACGCCUCCGAUGCUGCUUGGACCAGGAACGUUCUUUUAGCAAAACUUGAGUCUCCGCCCAUGCGGUAUCGCGUUUGCGUUGCCGAACGAGACUUCAUUCCAGGAAUCCCCAUAACCGAGAACAUCUGUCGCUGCAUCUCUCAGAGUCGAGUGUCCCUGUUCGUGUUGAGUUCAGAGUUCUGUCGAAGUCGCUGGUGCAUGUUCGAGAUGAUGCUCGCGCAGCAUCGUCUGUUCGAGUCGGAGAGGGACGAACACAUCGUGUUCAUCAAGAAGGGACUGAUUGACGAGUCCCAGAUGUCUCCCAUGCUGUCGUAUCUCACGACGUCGAGAACGUACAUUGACGUGCCCCAAAGUGAGAGCGACGAACGCCUUCAAGACAUAUUUUGGCUGCAGCUCCAAGUGGCGCUGCAGCAGUAG